AAGAUUUAGGUGGCCACAAUCGAGGCUUCCAUAAGGAUGAUGUCACCAUUCUGACCCAUGAGAGAGAGGAGCAUGUGCAUGAGACAGAUGAAUCGUCUUCUACUUUAGAGCAGGAACUCACUGAAGUUAUUUUUGCUAAUGGACCAUUUGACAGAUCCACCGACUCCCACCUCUGGUUUUCUGGGAGUUCUUCGAUAUAAGCGGGAGUCCCAGGACCCAGCUUCAGACCCAAGGGACCUCCUUCCAGAGCCCCAAUCCUUCAGCGAUUCUCCUGUGCUGUGUGAGUACUGUGGAGAGAAAGCCAAGCCUCCACUUGACCGAGCGUUUGCAGAGGAACCAGAGCUGUUCUGCUGUGCCCAGUACCAGCAGAUGUGUGAGAUGCUGGCCCAUGAGAGGUGGCUUGUCCUGCAGAGACCUGACCCAGAGGACGAUGCAACGCUCACGCCUGACAACCAACAAACCAGGAAGGAGGAGGAGCUGCAGGUCCAAGCAAGAGAAAGAGCGGCGCGCAGAAAGCAACGAGAGCGACUCUACCAGGAGGUACAACCAACCCACCCAUCUGAAGAUAGCUACACACACUUCUGUAGGACCAUCAGCUUUCUGCUAUCCACCUGUACACCCAAAGAGGUACAGUCGGCCGUUACACAGCAUCCUGCGUUUGAGGAGGACCUGGAAAAACAACAGGGAGAACUACUUUCUGACCAUGCGUCUUCUAAGUUCGGAAUGUCUCCACAUCAGGAAGGUGCAGGAGUUCUGGAAAAGUAUUACGCCUGCGGGAUGAAGUUUCUCACCAUACUCCCGGACAGUACUGGCCAGGUUUACUAUCCCUCUGGCUACCUGGCCCUGAUCAUCAUCUCCGACGAAAGAAGGAAGGUAUGCAUUGUGUACGAUGACCGCACCCAUGACCAUCCAAUCAGGGCCCUGUUCCAUUCUGAUGGGAGGGCCACAUGUUACCACAGCAAUGGUAAUGUCUGGCUGAGCUUGGAUGUGUCCGGGGGUCAGUGUCUGAAUGAGGCAGGGGCCAGGAUCAAAAGAUGGCGUUGGAGCGCCCACGGCCAGACACCCACUCCCCUACGGCCCGUCUUCCUGUCUCUAAACAGCAGCAUGGGGGUGCGGGUCCUGGGACAGGAACACGUAUUCGUCUCUUUCCUUGCCGGUGGCCAGCAGGCAAAGUUCAGCGUGGGGGCUUGUGUGCAGCCAGCAGCUCAGGGGAUCAGUAAUGCUCCAGGUUCCUUAACAUCCAAAGAGGAGUUGUUUCUGAUGGCUGGGCGGUUUGAGGUCCAUCAGAUCAUCAGGCAUCUCCACCAAUGCCUGAGAUCCCCCUCCAACCCGAGGCGCCGGAGAGCUGCACCAACCCUGAGUCUUCUUUCUCUGGCCAAAAGGCUGUUGAACUUAAGUUGUUCCAUUCAGCUUGAGGAGAGUGAGAGGGCGUUUGUCCAGAGGUGCCUUCAGGAUUGCCUGUGAUCUUUACUUUGGUCGUCACACCAAGCAGGCAACAUACAGACUGACACACAUUUGCCUUUUGAGAUCUCAGAUUAGGUGUGUGAUGUGUAAAAAGCCUGACUCUGAAAGCUGAAACUACA